AGAAGAAGAAGAAGAAGAAGAAGAAGAAUUGACGUCAUUUCCUUAAUCCCCUGCGCCAUGCUAGAUGCUAACAGCUUUAGCUAAUACCCCAGAGCUCUAUUUCCAGACAGGGAAAGAGACCGUUGUGUUGUUGUAGUUUCAGACAGAAGAACCUGUGUUUCUGCCACUCUAACUCACGGAAAGGAGAUAGUAUUAUCCCGGAAGUGAGGGGGGAGAAAGCGUCGUGUUUCUCUGUUUGUUCUUUUGUUUUGCAGUAGGCUAAAGUUAGCUCUGUUAGCUCAGGGUUAGCUUAGCGUUAGCUCUGUCUCUCAGCUGAAAUCCACUCUAUCAUGGACUGACGUCUACAGCUUCCCCCGACAGACCGUGAGGAUUAGGGAUGCAGCCGGUGGAGAGGGGAGAGGCGACGGUGGAUGUGAAGUUCACCGAGCUACCGAGCGCCCUGAUAGCCUGUAAAGUCCCGCAGAGUCUGUUCAACGAAGGCGGCGUGAAGACUGUGAAGACAGAACAGAAAGCUUUCUCACAGAAAAGAUCCAAAAGGUGUCAGAGUCCAGAGCUGGCUCCCUUCUCGCCCGUCAUCCUGGGGAAGUCAACGCUCCUCCGACCCCCCCAGUUUUCCCCGGCCUCGGCCUCUUCCUCUUCCUCCCUGACGCCCUCGCCACAACCACUCAGGGCGGUUUCAGCGUCCUGGCGUUGCGCCCGUAGUUCGGGUAUCAGGUGUAAAAGGUUUUGCCUCCCCGGAUCGCCCGGCAUGCACAUCAAGACCACCAGGUGUAACCGCUUCUGCCUGGUUGCCUCGGUGACCAACCAGGAAGUGUUCAGCCGUCCCGAGGCCCAGGCGGGUUUUGAGUCCUUGUUCCGGUCCUUUGACCCGGCGGUGCAGUUCCAGUACUUCAAGUCGUUCCGGCGAGCGCGGAUCAGUUUCAGCGAUGCUCCGGCGGCGGCCGAGGCCAGACUCCGCCUCCACAAGACGGACUUCAACGGCAAAGAGAUGAGACUGUACUUCGCCCAGUCGGUGCACAUCGGGAGUCCUCGGCUGAUGCCUCCUAAACCAGAUAAACAGUUUCUGAUCUCUCCGCCGGCGUCGCCGCCCGUCGGCUGGGAGCAGUCCAACGACGCCAUGCCCGUCAUCAACUAUGACCUGCUGUGUGCCAUCUCCAAGCUCGGACCAGGGGAACAGUACGAGCUGCAAACGGCCACGCCCACCACGCCGAGUGUCGUCGUCCACAUCUGCGAGGACGAGCGCGGCGGCGACACCUCCACCCCUGACGACAGCGACCCCGACGACCAGCCCCGCCCCCUGCGGCCGCGGAUCAUCCAGACGCGGCGGCCGGACUUUGGAGACGAUCAGUGAGCGCCGCCGCCAUCAGGGAGCGGGGGCGGAGACAUUCAUCCUGACGGACGGAGAGUGGGAAACGCUCUGGGAGCCCGCGGUGUCUCGGAGACCAAACAUUUCAUAUCGAGAAAAGUUAGAGACCGACGCUGCGUUCACAAACCGGGGGAAAGAGCGGAGGUAUGAACUUCGUAGAAGACAACACGGUUGUGUUUAACCUUCAGAUGAUUCAAGGAUAAAUUGUUUAAUUAGUUGAAAAUCUGCAGAAAAUAUGGAGAAGAUUCUGCUAAAAUCUGGGGAAAAUUCUGUUAAAAUAUGGGGAAAAUGCAGCUGAAAAUGCGUUCGCAGAUUGUGUUUCCCUGCUGAUGAAAUAAUACGAGACAGAACUGAAGGAAGUAUUAGUUUUGAAAUGUAGAAAAUAAUGUAAAGUGUAAUGUUGUGAUUGUAGUUUUUAGGUAAAAUGGUGCUGGAGUGUAUUUAGAAUUGUGUCAUGACUUUGUGUUUGUGUUUGUGAGACGCUCAGCUGCAAAAAACAAUAAAAUAAAGUCUGUACAAGAGCAUCAAA